AUGCAAAUGAACAGCGCUGUCGUUGCAAUUAUCGCCGCUCUUGCAGGCUCCAGCGUUGCUUUACCACACGCCGGCCCCCUUCACGAAUCCAUGACCCCGGCACCGACAAACGGCACUCGAUUUAAUAGUCCCAAAUUCACACAAUGGCCUAAGAUUGUAACCCCAGACGAGGAAUCGGAGGCAAAACCUGCUACCAAGCAUAGCACCAAUAACAAUAACAAUCAAAACCUCGACCCGAAAGUAGACCGCUGUCCAGCCAUCUGUGCUGUGGCAGCCCAGGCGUGCGUCGUGGCUGUCCCUGACGAUGAAGACUUUUGCUGGGACACAUACGUUGCGUGCAGUCGUCGAUGCUAA